AUUGGUUACUAAUCGAUCAAUAUUCAGGACAUCUUCUCCUUCACUAGUUAAUUAAUUACUCGACUCUCAAAGUCCGUCACCAUGUCUGAGGUUAAAACAUCACAGAAAUCGAGUCAAGGACCUGAGCUCCGCCUCGACCAUGUGCUUGCCUCCAUCCUCCAUCGUCGGUCAUCGCGGAAUCAGCUACGACGCCUGACCACCGUUCCUCAUGGCAUGGCGGAUUUCUCUUCCAACGCAUACCUGUCCCUCUCCUCGCAGCCCGCCGUGCAGCAGGCCUUCCUAGCACGGCUCCAUGCUGCUGCUUCGACACCCGGCAGUAAUGGCUCCUCCUCCUUGCUCGGGUCGGGCGGCUCCCGGCUGUUGGAUGGCAACUCGUCGUACGCAGAAUCCCUCGAACGCACCAUCGCCGCCUUCCACCGCGCCCCGGCCGGCCUGCUCUUCAACUCGGCCAUGGACGCUAACGUCGGCCUGUUCGGCUGCGUCCCACAAAAGGGCGACGCCAUCGUAUACGACGAGCUAAUCCACGCUAGCGUGCAUGACGGGAUGCGACUCAGCAGGGCCGGAAAGAAGAUCCCGUUUGCGCACAGCUCGGUAUGGGAGGUGUCGCAUCCAGAUCCUAACAAGAGUCCAUUGGAGACGGUGCUGCGCUCUCUGCUCCACGGUCCCGACGGCGGCCUCUUCCGAUCGGGUGAGCGGAACGUCUUCAUCGCCGUCGAGGGCAUCUACAGUAUGGAUGGGGACGUUGCUCCCCUGACCGAGAUCGUGGACUGCGUCGAGCGCUACCUGCCUCGACACAACGGCUAUAUCGUGGUCGAUGAAGCCCACUCGACGGGCAUAAUUGGCGAUCGCGGCCGUGGGCUCGUGUGCGAACAAGGUCUCGAAAAACGCGUCUGGGCGAGAGUCCUUGGUUUUGGCAAAGCGAUGAGCUGCACCGGAGGCAUUGUCCUUUGCUCGUCAACAACUCGCGAAUACCUCAUCAAUUACGCUCGAACUCUCAUCUACACGACCGCCAUGGCGUUCCCCACGCUCGCGAGCAUCGAGACGGCGUACGACUUUCUUGCAACUGGCCAAGCGGAGCCACUACUCGACAACCUCCGGCUCCUCAUCCAGGAGGCGCACAAACUCUUCGAGGCACUAUGCACCCGUGAGAAUGCGCCCGCAGAACUGCUUCGUGUCGGCAGGGAGAACCCAAGGUCACCCAUCAUCCCCAUCUUCACCCCCCACGCCCGAAGUUUGGCAGGCUAUUGUCAGGCGAGGGGCUUCAUGGUCCGACCGAUCGUGGCACCGACUGUGCCGAAAGGGCGCGAAAGAGUACGAGUGUGUCUCCAUGCAGCAAACACUAUGUCCGAGGUGCACGGUCUUGUCGAAGCGGUGGGCGCGUGGCUAGCCGCCUGGAGGACGGGCACGUUGACGGAAGCGGAAACCCUUCGACAAACGCAACGUGAAGAUCAGGCCACAUCAAACUCAGGAACAACUAUGGUUACCAAAGCACGAUUAUAGCCAAGAUGCGGUGUUUCACGCUCGAAAGCGAGUAGCGCAGAAACAAUGAUCCCCCGAAAACCCUAAGUACUCAAUGGGCUUCUGGAGCGCCAAGUGUUCGUUGCCGGGCAGCACCCCAGGCUGAUUCCCUAUUCUGGCGAAGCGUGCUAAUUAUGGCCUCCUUCGCAGCGUCCAGCUCCCCCCUGCUGGGGCGCGAUGAUUUACCG